AAAGCCAUAAUGAGCUCCUGCUCUACCCUCCAGUCCCCAUCCUGUUGCUGAAGCUGCAGCUGGCCUCCUCUCCAACACACAAGGAUUCACUGUGCCCAUCUUACACUAUAACUUGAACAGCCUUUGCACCUUUUCCAUAGUUGAAGAUGGUGAAGCUAGAUAUUCAUACUUUGGCUCAUCACCUGAAGCAGGAACGCUUAUAUGUUAACUCUGAGAAGCAGCUCAUUCAGAGGCUCAAUGCAGAUGUUCUUAAGACAGCUGAAAAACUGUAUCGUACAGCAUGGAUUGCAAAGCAGCAGAGAAUUAAUUUGGAUAGACUUAUCAUAACCAGUGCCGAAGCUUCCCCUGCUGAAUGUUGCCAACAUGCCAAGGUUUUGGAAGACACACAGUUUGUUGAUGGAUACAAGCAAUUGGGAUUUCAGGAGACGGCUUAUGGAGAAUUUUUGAGUCGAUUAAGGGAAAAUCCUCGUCUUAUUGCCUCCUCUUUGGUUGCUGGAGAGAAACUCAGUCAGGAGAGCACUCAAAGUGUUAUUUACACCGUUUUUACCUCUCUGUAUGGCAACUGCAUUAUGCAAGAAGAUGAAAGCUACCUCCUUCAGGUUUUGAGAUACUUGAUUGAAUUUGAACUCAAAGAGAGUGACAACCCCAGGCGACUUUUGAGGAGAGGAACUUGUGCCUUCAGCAUCUUAUUUAAACUUUUUUCUGAAGGACUGUUUUCUGCCAAACUUUUCCUUACAGCUACUUUACAUGAGCCAAUCAUGCAGCUGCUUGUUGAAGAUGAAGACCACCUGGAAACAGAUCCAAACAAGCUCAUCGAGAGGUUCUCCCCCUCUCAGCCGGACAAACUUUUUGGAGAGAAAGGCUCAGAUAGAUUCAAGCAAAAGGUUCAAGAGAUGGUAGAUUCCAAUGAGGCCAAACUCGUGGCUUUGGUGAACAAAUUUAUUGGUUAUCUCAAGCAGAAUACAUACUGCUUUCCACACAGUCUGAGGUGGAUCGUGUCACAGAUGUAUAAAACCCUCUCGUGUGUAGACAGACUGGAUAUUGGGGAGGUCAGGGCAAUGUGUACUGAUCUCCUGCUGGCUUGCUUCAUUUGUCCUGCAGUGGUGAAUCCAGAGCAGUAUGGAAUAAUUUCUGAUGCCCCUAUUAAUGAGGUGGCACGGUUUAAUCUGAUGCAGGUUGGCCGUCUUUUGCAGCAGUUAGCAAUGACGGGCUCUGAAGAGGGAGAUCCUCGGACAAAAAGCAGCCUUGGAAAAUUUGAUAAAAGCUGUGUUGCUGCUUUCCUUGAUGUCGUGAUUGGGGGCCGUGCCGUGGAGACCCCUCCAAUGUCCUCUGUUAAUCUUCUGGAAGGAUUGAGCAGAACUGUGGUUUAUAUAACCUACAGUCAGCUUAUUACUCUGGUAAAUUUUAUGAAGAGUGUGAUGUCUGGAGACCAACUGAGAGAAGAUAGAAUGGCUCUUGACAAUUUAUUGGCAAACCUUCCCCAAGCCAAGCCAGGAAAAAGCAGCAGUUUAGAAAUGACUCCCUACAGUACUCCUCAGCUAUCUCCAGCAACCACUCCAGCAAAUAAAAAGAACCGAUUACCUAUAGGACAACAGUUAGCAGCCAUCACGGCCUGGGAUUCCUCAGCCACCAAUCUUACUGCUCAUAUUACGCUAGUAACCCCGUUUGCAACUCGGAGUAGAAGCCGUACCAAUAUGCUGAUGGACCUACAUAUGGACCAUGAAGGAUCCUCUCAAGAGACCAUCCAGGAGGUACAGCCAGAAGAGGUGCUGGUCAUUUCCUUAGGGACGGGUCCCCAGCUUACUCCCGGGAUGAUGUCAGAAAACGAGGUCCUAAACAUGCAACUUUCGGAUGGAGGACAAGGAGAUGUCCCUGUUGAUGAAAACAAACUCCACGGUAAACCUGAUAAAACCUUGCGCUUUUCCCUCUGCAGUGAUAAUCUGGAAGGAAUAUCUGAAGGUCCUUCAAACCGCUCCAAUUCGGUGUCUUCUCUAGACUUGGAAGGAGAGUCUGUGUCAGAGCUUGGGGCAGGACCGACAGGGAGUAAUGGAGUUGAAGCUCUGCAGCUGUUGGAACACGAGCAAGCUACAACACAAGAUAAUCUUGACGAUAAGCUAAGGAAGUUUGAAAUUCGGGACAUGAUGGGACUAACAGAUGAUAGGGACAUAUCAGAAACAGUGAGUGAGACCUGGAGUACAGAUGUCUUGGGAAGUGACUUUGACCCUAACAUUGAUGAAGAUCGCUUGCAGGAAAUUGCAGGUGCAGCAGCAGAGAACAUGUUAGGCAGUUUGCUGUGCCUGCCAGGUUCAGGGUCAGUGCUUCUUGACCCCUGCACUGGUUCUACUAUAUCAGAGACAACAAGCGAAGCGUGGAGUGUAGAGGUAUUGCCAAGUGACUCAGAGGCCCCAGACCUAAAGCAGGAGGAGCGUCUGCAAGAACUGGAGAGCUGUUCUGGACUGGGUAGCACAUCUGAUGAUACGGAUGUCAGGGAGGUCAGUUCCCGCCCCAGCACACCAGGCCUCAGUGUUGUGUCGGGCAUAAGUGCAACCUCAGAGGAUAUUCCCAAUAAGAUUGAAGACCUGAGAUCUGAGUGCAGUUCUGACUUUGGGGGUAAAGAUUCUGUCACUAGUCCAGACAUGGAUGAAAUAACUCAUGGUGCCCAUCAGCUGACUUCUCCUCCUUCUCAGUCAGAGUCUCUGCUUGCCAUGUUUGACCCACUGUCUUCACAUGAAGGGGCUGCUGCUGUGGUAAGGCCUAAGGUUCACUAUGCUAGGCCAUCACAUCCACCACCAGAUCCCCCAAUCCUGGAAGGAGCUGUGGGAGGAAAUGAGGCCAGGUUGCCAAACUUUGGGUCCCAUAUUUUGACUCCAGCUGAAAUGGAGGCAUUCAGGCAAAGGCACUCUUACCCUGAGAGACUGGUUCGCAGCAGGAGCUCUGAUAUAGUGUCUUCUGUCCGACGCCCUAUGAGCGACCCCAGCUGGAACCGACGUCCAGGGAAUGAAGAGCGAGAACUCCCUCCGGCUGCAGCCAUUGGUGCUACUUCUUUGGUGGCUGCCCCUCACUCAUCAUCUUCAUCCCCCAGUAAGGACUCUUCAAGAGGAGAGACUGAAGAACGCAAAGAUAGCGAUGAUGAGAAAUCAGACAGGAACAGACCUUGGUGGAGAAAACGUUUUGUUUCAGCCAUGCCUAAAGCUCCUAUACCAUUUAGAAAGAAAGAAAAACAAGAAAAAGACAAAGAUGAUCUGGGGCCUGACAGAUUCUCAACACUCACAGAUGAUCCCAGCCCUAGACUCAGUGCACAAGCUCAGGUUGCUGAGGAUAUUCUGGGCCAUUAAACGGACCAGCCCCAGUGAAGGAGCAGUUACAAACUAUGAAAGUGCAGAAGUUAUGGGUGAUGGUGAAAGUGCACACGACUCUCCCCGUGACGAAGCACUGCAGAACAUCUCGGCUGAUGAUCUCCCAGACUCUGCCAGCCAAGCGGCCCACCCACAGGAUUCAGCUUUCUCCUACAGAGAUGCAAAAAAGAAACUGAGGCUUGCUCUUUGCUCUGCGGAUUCAGUUGCCUUCCCAGUGCUGACCCACUCGACGAGGAACGGGCUGCCAGACCACACAGACCCAGAAGACAACGAAAUUGUAUGCUUCUUAAAAGUUCAAAUAGCCGAAGCGAUUAACCUACAAGAUAAGAACCUAAUGGCUCAGCUUCAAGAAACCAUGCGUUGUGUGUGCCGCUUUGAUAACAGGACUUGCAGGAAACUGCUGGCAUCCAUCGCUGAGGACUACAGGAAGAGAGCCCCAUAUAUCGCUUAUCUCACUCGCUGUCGACAAGGACUGCAGACCACACAGGCUCACCUGGAAAGGCUGUUGCAAAGAGUUUUGCGGGACAAGGAGGUGGCGAACCGAUACUUCACCACUGUGUGCGUGAGGUUACUGCUAGAGAGCAAAGAAAAGAAGAUCAGAGAGUUCAUUCAAGAUUUUCAGAAACUCACAGCAGCUGAUGAUAAAACUGCUCAGGUAGAAGAUUUUCUGCAGUUUCUUUACGGUGCGAUGGCCCAGGAUGUCAUAUGGCAAAACGCGAGCGAGGAGCAGCUCCAGGACGCUCAGCUGGCCAUUGAGCGAAGUGUGAUGAACCGGAUUUUCAAGCUUGCCUUCUACCCUAAUCAGGAUGGGGACAUACUCCGUGACCAGGUUCUUCAUGAACAUAUCCAGAGAUUGUCUAAAGUGGUGACUGCAAAUCACAGAGCUCUUCAGAUACCAGAGGUGUAUCUUCGGGAGGCACCGUGGCCAUCUGCACAGUCAGAGAUCAGGACGAUAAGUGCUUACAAAACCCCCCGGGACAAGGUGCAGUGCAUCCUGAGGAUGUGCUCUACGAUCAUGAACCUCCUGAGCCUGGCCAACGAGGACUCUGUCCCCGGAGCUGACGACUUCGUCCCCGUGUUGGUGUUCGUGUUGAUAAAGGCCAAUCCUCCCUGUCUGCUGUCCACUGUUCAGUACAUCAGUAGCUUCUAUGCUAGCUGUCUGUCUGGAGAGGAGUCCUAUUGGUGGAUGCAGUUUACGGCAGCAGUGGAAUUCAUUAAAACCAUUGAUGACCGGAAGUGACCAAGACCAUGGCCCACCCAAGGCAGCAGACUGUUAGUCAGGCAAACAGAUUGUGAAGAAAAUGUCCCAGUUGCUUUGAAGGCUGCAGAUUGUUUUUGUAUAAUAUUGUAUAGCAUUCAGACAUUUUAAAACAGAUCUUUACUAAACAGAUUAAUGAGCUAACAAGCAGGUUCUCUUUUCUUUGGGCCCCUUUCCUUUCUGAGUUGCACAUUUUAUUUUCUUGUCCUCGAAUAUAGAAUAAUUCUACAAAAAGGGACCACAUUUUUCAGGUAUUUUGAAAUAUUACAAAACAGAACAAAAUUUAGAAUUUUCUUAGAACUGCAUUCAUGGAUACCCGUUCUUUUAUUUGAAAUAAGAAGAGUAAAUCUCUUUUAAGAUACUCUUUAUCUACAUGCAUCUAGUGGAAGGGAAAAUCCAGUUGCACUGAGGAUGGUAAUAGUGGUGCGUUAGUGGCAUUAUCUAUAAAUAAACUCACCUAAAUUGAAAAGCUAAGAAGGAAAUGUAAAUAUAAUAUAUAUUUAUAUUUGAUGUAUUAUGGACAUCUUCAGAGUCUAAUAAACAGGAAUAUUGCUGAUAGUAGGUUGUGAAAUACCCUCUUGUGAAAUGGUUUCCUUGACAAAAUUUAAGCUGAGCUUAAAAGCAAAAACAAACAAAACACAGAUAUUUAUUAAAAUUGCUACAGUGUGUGGGACUCUCUAGGUGUGGACUUUGAUGUGCAGGGCUGCCUUCGAUGAGGAGUCUGACGUCACUAAGUCAGACAGAGCUCACCGGGAGAGUUUUUGAGCCUGUAUGUGGGAGGUAGACUCUUUAAUUACCAUGCAUUACAUAAAAAGGAACAGUAGACAUCUAAUACUUCAUCGUGGUACUUCUCAUCCGAAAUACUUACUAUACUGUAGAAACCCCAGACAGCUCCUUACAAACCUUUAAUUGUAAUGUAUUUUUGAUGAUUAUUCACAUUGAAUGCACAGAACAGGAAUUCAGUGAAUGUCAUUUUUUUUAAAAAAACUAAUUUGUAUUGUCUGCUCUAGUGAUACAAGUUUUACUAGUGAUAAACUAUUUUAAUCAACCAUACUAUUCUUAUGGAAAAAAAUCUAUUUUGGCAGGUUUCUGUGCCUUUAUUUCCCUCUUCUGAAAAAAAGAAAAGAAAAACAAAAACCUGUGUUUCAGUAGUUCAGUUUGCAUAGUGUAUUGAUGAUUCAUCAGGAAUGGGUUUCAGUGCCUAAGAUACUGGCCAGGGCGGCACACCAAAGCUUCAAGCACAGGUGUUAAACCUAGGCGGUCACCGACUGGUUUCCCUCUGUGUGUGUCCCAGGCUCCGCCCCAUACCUUGAGUCCCAUUGCUGGCAGUGUCUCCAGGCAUUUUCUAAGGGGACCCGGACAGGGAGCCUUGGCAGACAGGCUCAGGCUGUCUGCCCCCCGUCCCUGAGAGUGUGCUCUCACGGUGCCUGAAGAAGCCAAUUGUCUUUAUGCCUGCAUCUCUUCUCAGCCAUUUAUUUUAAAAUACCAGACAAGUUGCAUAGGAGUGUGGGAUGUGGUUUCUGCCCUUUGGGGAGAGAUCAGGAGUAAAUCAGUACUACGGACGUCCUUUUUUGAGUGUUAGGUCAAGAGCUCUAUGUACAGUCGUGUGCUUCAUGGGCCGUAACCGCCCGCCCUGCCUCGGAAUCCAGCCAGAUCCCAUCAGAGUCCUGCACAGGAUCGAUGCGCAGCACACUUUCUGAGACCUCAAUGGGGUCCCUUUACUUCCGCAUUUGAGUCGAUAAAGUUACGUCACCAGGAGACUUUGAACAGUGGAAAUUCAUUGUUGUGGGACUUCACUCAUAAAUCAAUAAAAGAUUGUUUUCUCCAGAAUGGUAGCUAAAUCCAUUCCAUGUUGUCACUGUGGAAAUAAAUACAAAGAUGUGGACACUG